GCUCCGCUCCGCCGCAGCCCCGCCAUGGCGUACGGUGGCCUGACGGUGCCCAUCAUCGUCAUGACCGUCUUCUGGGGGGUGGUCGGCGGCGUCCUGCCGUGGCUCGUGCCCAAGGGGCCCAACCGCGGUGUUAUCAACACAAUGCUGGUGACGUGUGCUGUUUGCUGCUACCUGUUUUGGCUGAUUGCGAUUCUGGCUCAGCUCAACCCCCUCUUUGGGCCACAGCUAAGCAAUGAGACGAUCUGGUACCUUAAAGUUCACUGGCCUUAAGGACGGCAGUUCCCUGCUGUGCUGCACUGCACUGACGAGAUUGCAGCCAAACAAACGUUGGCUGUUAAUUUUGACUGGACACUGUGAAAAGCUCAGGCUGAAUUCCUAUGCAGUUACUGCCUCUGUUACCAUGUCAUGUGGUACUGCUCUCAGUAAAUAGGUGUGUGUAGGGAAGACACUGCGUUUCUUCACCCUACCAAAAUGCAACUGGGAGGGAAGCGUUCUCCUAUGAACAGCUAGCAGAAGUGGAUUUCCUCAUUGUCACUGAUGAAGCCCCUCUCCCAGCCAAGCAGCCUCACGUCCAAGCACUGAUUCCCAAGGCAGAGUACAGUGUUGUUCAUUCACUGGGGAAGUCUGAGUGAGAACUACAGCAGUGGCUCUCAGUCUCCUGUGGAUGCAGAGCAUCAGCACCCAACCUGCAGGUGGCUGUUCUAUUUCUAAUGGUGAUUUGAGUGACCUGAAUGGCAGAUGAGCCUACUGCUGGUUACCUGGUAGUGCUGCUGGAAUGCCAUUGUGGUGUUUCUUGAGGCCUCUCUUGGUGUGACCUUAUUAAAGACAGCACGUCUGACUUCAGGUAUCUCUGUGAGGGCAGCAUUUAGAAUUAAAUGUUCAAAUGAAGGUUUUGUUGUGGAAAGAAGUACCCGUGCUUUUAGUUCUUACGCUGGUAACACUAAGCAGUUCAGCACACUUAGCUUUUUUUUUACCUGUCUUGUUUCUGUGGGUUUUCUCCCACUUUUACAGUUCAAUUGCCUGUUCCUUUGCUCUUAUUGCUUUAAUGUCUGUUCACAGAAGUCCAGCAGCAGCAGAAUUACAGUUGACGUUACAGUUCAAUUAAAUGCUGGCUGUAAAGCAUUCUGUAAAUCUACCCUGAAGCAAAGCUCUGCAGCUUCAAAGUAGGAUUCAUCUGAGCUGUGGCAGUGUCAGACUGUGGCAUGUGUGUAUGUUUGCAUCUUUUUUUUUAAGCACCAGGCAGAAGCUAAAGGUAGACUUGGUCCUGCUUCGGGUGGAGGCUGUGUUCAGGUACAUCAGUCAAACUGCAUCUCCCAGGUGCGUUUCCACCACUGGUGUGUCUUAACACAAAAUUGGUUAGAAGCAGAGAGCAGUCUAUUCUGGUACUGGGCACACAGAUUCCUGAAUCCCACGGUUCUCUGAGAUCUAAAAUUGAACUGUAAUUAUCUGAACAAGUAGAUGCCUUGGAUUUUAAAUGUGGGCUUAUCUGGCUGAUAGAUGAACUGUGUGUUGCUACCAGUGAAGACAAACAGGAGUUGGGUUACAGUGUCUGUAGACUCAAUGUCUGCAAAGAGGAUUGGGGCUUACCCUGCUCUGCUCUCACCCCUUUGAGAGAAGCGUUUCCCAGAGAGCUGCAGUACAUUUGCACUGUGGAAGAAGGGGAUCUCAUGCAGCCUGGGGUGGCCAGAAUGCUGAUGUGAGGAGCUGACAUUUUUAGACUUUCUAAUGGAGAAUUCAAGUUGUAUGCAGCGCUCAAUGUCUGAUAUGAAGUAGCUUUAUUAAUCUCAGAUGUGUCUGGUUUCGUUGACUUAAUUUUGGAAUAAAAUGAGAGUUCAUUUACUUAGGAAAAAGACUGCUUUAAGAAAAAGGUAUAGGAUAAUGCUCCACCGUUAGAUACCGUAUUCUUUCUUGCCUUGCUGUAGAAAUAAGCUACUGCUGUCCGUGCAGUGCUCCAUGGUUGAAUUAGGAUUACUCGUGCAGUGCUGGGUGAGCCUGGCUGCAAGGAGGGGCUGCAGCGUCUGGCACUGCUGUGCGCUGAUGCACUUAAAGGCUCUGGAUGAGUUUCUCACUAGGCAGGAGCUGUCAGUUAGAUUACAUCUGAAGGAGUUGUGUUAUCUCUCUGACAUUGCACAGCACUCCAUAAAUGCACCCUCCAUUUCUGGUUUUGACCAGUUAUUUUUGGCUUUUCAGAUGUGCUUUUGCAGCGUUCGAAUUGCAUACGCUGUAUUCAUUUCUGCCUCCAAUCUCUCUUUGAGCUGAGCUGUAGAUGGAUUAGUAUGGGCAGGGUGCAGUUAAAGAGAAUGAAAUGGUAACUACCAGGGAAGAGAGACUGUGUUUAAAAAGGAAGAUAAGUGUAAGCAAACCUGUUUCACUUUACUAAUAGAGCAGGCUGAAAAAUACUUGUGGGAUGCUUACCACAUCCUAGUGAGGAGUGCCUACAGAUGCUGACUUGCUUGGUAUUUCUCUGUGGUCACUAUCCCUCUAAUUUAAAUGAUGAUGAUGUCUGAGAUGACUGUCUAUAUAAGCAUGUUCGUGGCUUGAGAGCAGUACAUAACAACACCCAGCUGUACUAAAUAUGGGCUACAGCCUCGUUCCUUUUAAUCAAUGAGAUGUAAUGCCUACUGUUGUUCUGAAAUUGGUCGCUGCAGUCUGUUUUCUCAGACCAGGAACUGCCUUUAUGCAGGUGCAAGAAGGUCCAUCAUCUAGAUGACUGGAUGCUCUUACUGCAGACAUAUUUAAACCUCCCUGGUGGCAUAAUAGUUCUGCCAGCUUAUAGUGUAACUAGAGCUACUUGCAGUAACUUCAGAAAUUAAGCCAUGAAGAAAGAAAGGAAGGAGAGGUGAAUCUCCUAAAAUAAAUUACCUGCAGUUCUCAAUAAUUUUUAGUGCAUUUGUGGAAUGCAAAUAGUUGUGGAUAACUCCACAACCAGGUCUUCAACUAGUUAAUCACCUCCAGGGAAGUGAAUAAUUACGUUACCUUUUGCUUUGCAGGUGAAGAAGAGAUUUCCUUCAGAU